GUGGAUGUGACGGUUAUUUUACCAACGGACAACCAGGACAGCACUAGCGGUUUCUGUAACUUCUCUGAGGUCUUGUGUUUGGUGAUCUGACCUUGGCUGGUGUUCAUCUUGGUCUUGCAGUGAGUGUGUGUGAGUGAGUGAUGUGUCCUCCAUGGUGACCCAUGGGCCGCUCUCCUAUCAGCCUGUCUACACUGAAGCUGGGGAGGUUAAAGGUUAUCCGCAGGCAGCUGCUUCAGCGCUAUGAGCACCAGCCCUUUGUCUCGUGCCUGGCUGGACUCUAUGGCUGCCAGUGGAGACGCUACCAGAGGGCUAAAGCCCAGUCGGGGGAGUGCUGCUGCAGUCGGUUGGAGUGCGGUAGUUUUGGCCUCAUUAUCAUCACAUUUUUCUUGACCCUGGAGUUUCUGUAUUUCUGGAGCCAGGCUCAGAACGACUAUGAUGACUUUGAUUGGUUUAACUUUGGAAACAUGGGGUUCUGGUUCCCCUGGUCAUUGGUGCUGCUGGUGGUGGCUGCAGGCCUCUUCACUUACAUCGCCCUCCUGCUGGUCUUAGCAGUGUGCCUCCUGUCUGAGGGGCAGAGGCUUUAUCUGCACUGGAGCCAUAAGAUUGGUAUUCUGGUGACUCUCAUGUUCUCUGUCAGUGCCACAGCUGUGCUCUCUGAUUUGUGGAGCAAAGAAUGGCAGACAUUUCUCCUCUCAUUUCAGAUGACUGCACCGUAUCUGCAUUUGGGUGGAGUCUCACUGAUGACAGUCCUGUCUUGGCCAAUAGCUUUGCACUUCUUUCGAAUGAAUAAGAAAGUCAGGCAGGUGGCUCUUCUGGGCUUGUUUCUGGCCGUUCUCUUUGCUUUAUACCUGGUUCCUCUGGGCAUGUACUCCCCCUGUAUUAAAGAAGAGGGCAAGCUGGGCCCGGCACCCAUUCUCAUCGGGCACAGAGGAGCACCUAUGCUCGCCCCCGAAAAUACACACCUGUCCUUCCAGAAGGCUGUGGAGGCUGGAGGAGAGGGCCUGGAGACAGAUGUGAUCAUCAGUUAUGAUGGAGUCCCAUUCCUCAUGCACGACAGCACGCUGAGAAGAACAACCAAUGUGCGCAAAGUGUUUCCUAACCGAACAGACACUCCAGCUGCAAUGUUCACCUGGGAGGAGCUGGAGAUGCUUAAUGCUGGAAACUGGUUUCUGCAGAGGGAUCCAUUUGGUACAGCAUCAUCUCUGCAACCAGAUGUUCGUGCCCAGGUAGAAAACCAGACAGUGCCCACACUGAGAGAGUUUCUUGACCUAGCAGCGAAGCACAAGAGUCUUGUGAUCUUCGACCUGCGUCGGCCACCUCUGGGCCACCCGUACAGAAACACGUGGAUCUCUCGAACCCUGGAGGUUCUUCAUAAUGAGUCCUCCAUCAACUCCAGUCAGGUGCUGUGGCUGCCAGCAGAUCAGAGGGAUCUGGUGCAAGAGCUGGACCCGGAUCUGCAGCAGACAUCUGGGCACAAAGGCUCCAUCGAGGAGCUGCGGGAGGACAACAUCGUACGGCUUAACUUGCACUACAGCUCCAUGUCCCAGGAGCAGAUCAGUAAAUACGCCUCAGUCAACAUCAGCACUAAUUUGUAUGUGAUCAGCCAGCCAUGGCUGUACUCUCUGGCUUGGUGUGCAGGAGUUCAUUCAGUCACCACCAAUGCACCACACCUCCUCAAAAGACUCAGCAAGCCCAUCUUCCUCUUGACUCCUCAUGAGUACAGUCUGAUGUGGACUCUAGCAGACAGUGUGUCUGCCAUCCUCAUCAUAGCUGUAUUCAUAUUCCACUGGUGGAGAGAAAGAGGUUUGCCAUUCUGGUCAGGUAGCAGGCAGGUGCAUGAGAAUGGACUCUACAGCAAGUUUAGGACCGAAAUGAGUGAUGUCUGGUCCAUCUCCAGCCUCAGUGUACGAGGGGAGGGACGGACUGGGCCCACCACAACAAACCUGCCCACCAUCACAGAAGAACCACCAGUCUAAGAGGAAUAAGGGAUGAUUUAAAAAAAAAAGUAAUGCUGCUUACAUAAAUCAACCAUCCAACUUCGCUGAUGAGGUUUCCUUUCUGGAUAAGGUGCUGAUUCAGAUCACUACUUCAUCUACUACCACUACUGUGUAGCUACAUCUGAGGCAACCAGCAUGUUCUCCAUGAAAACCACAAGAAACACCAGCACUUCAUAAGUGUUUUUGUUCCACCUGUGCCAUUAUGAACUCCUUAAAGUUGUAGCAAAUGAAUCUAGACACACAACCUGCAGAGACGAUGCUUUAGAGGUCUGCUUCAAUAAAAGCAGUUUAUAGUACAUGUUCAGAAUCAGCACCAGAAAAACCUGUGGGUGUUUUUUGUUUAUGCUUAUAAUUUAGGGCUUCUCACUGAAUGUAGCUUAUCAACAGGCUACAUUGUGCAACAGGCUACAUUGUGCAUCAACAGGCUACAGUGCAUUGUGUACUAGUGCAGGGCAGCCUAUUAUUUUUGCUUCUGUACAGUGGACAAGAGAUAAAAUGACAUAAAUAUAUGCAUUUACUUGCAGUCUAUUACUAGUUGCUUUCACUGUGAGGCAACAUCAGAGUUUGGUCAUGUGUGUCAGGAGCGCAUUCAUACCUUCAGACCAUCAAUAGAACAUUCAAAGACAAUCAGGUCCAAACUAUCCUAGAGAAUCAGACGGGUUUAAAGUCACCCAGAACUCUGUAGUGUGUUUCUUUCAUUAGGUGUGAAAAUGGUCACCAAAUGCAUCGUUUAAGAUAUAUAAAGCUUAAACAAUAGAACAGUCAAGCUCAUGUCUUACAGAAAAUACCAGUAUUUCCAGGUGUUUAUUUAUACCAGAAAAAAACCAAACCAGCAGUGUGCAGACCUGAUAUAAAUAUACAGUAGAUAUUAUUAAUAAUACUAGCCUUUAGCUCAUGCAUUUGAUGAAAC